AGAAGAUCCUGAAGAAUCUCACCCCGAUAGUAACAGUGUAAGCGAAGGCUAUGACACUAGCCACACCACCAUGACACUAGACCUUGACUUAGCUGAGGAGUCAUCCGAGAGAAUGAAUUUGAAUUCACCCUCCACGUCUAGUUUGAAGAACAUUGACCCAAACGACCUCGAUUCUUUUGCCAAACAACUUGAAUCAGUCUACAGAUGGAUAGAGGGGCAGCUUCCUGAACCUGAGGGCGAUGCUGGAAUCGAGGAUUUCUUCAUCUAUUCUAAUGAUGUCGCACCACAUGCCUUCAUAGUUUCAUCCCAAAGAUUGCUAGAUGGACAAGAUUCUCGAUCAAGGACAAGGAAACCACGGAUCGAUGAAGAAUUUGAGCAAUAUUUUUCGAUGCUGAUGCUCUAGCAUGGAUGUUUUUUUCUUGAAUAAGCAGGAUGUUGUAACCUUUAGAGUGGCAUUGUCAUCAUGU